UCAUUAGAGCCUGAGUCACUCUCCCCAGAAGACCCAGACCUAGAACUACCCAGAGCAAAACCACAGCUGGUGGACAGUCUGGGAGUGGACAAAAUGGAGACAAAUUCCUCUCUCCCCACGAACAUCUCUGGAGGGCCACCUGCUGUAGCUGCUGGCUAUCUCUUCCUGGAUAUCUUCACUUAUCUGGUAUUUGCAGUCACCUUUGUCCUCGGGGUCCUGGGCAACGGGCUUGUGAUCUGGGUGGCUGGAUUCCGGAUGACACACACAGUCACCACCAUCAGUUACCUGAACCUGGCUGUGGCUGACUUCUGUUUCACCUCCACUUUGCCGUUCUUAGUGGUCGUGAAGGUCAUGAGAGGACAUUGGCCUUUCGGUUGGUUCCUGUGCAAAUUCAUCUUUAGCAUAGUGGAUAUCAAUUUGUUUGGAAGUGUCUUCCUGAUCGCCCUCAUUGCUCUGGACCGCUGUAUUUGUGUCCUGCAUCCAGUCUGGACCCAGAACCACCGCACCGUGAGCCUGGCCAAGAAGGUGAUCAUCGGGCCCUGGGUGAUGGCUCUGCUCCUCACAUUGCCAGUUAUCAUUCGUGUGACUACAGUACCUGGUAAACUCGGGCCAGGGACAGUAGCCUGCACUUUUGACUUUUCACCCUGGACCGAUGACCCUGUGGAGAAGCGGAAGGUGACCAUUGCCAUGUUGACGGUGAGAGGCAUCAUCCGGUUCAUCAUUGGCUUCAGCGUGCCCAUGUCCAUCGUCGUGGUCAGUUAUGGGCUUAUUGCCACCAAGAUCCACAAGCAAGGCUUAAUUAAGUCCAGUCGUCCCUUGCGGGUCCUCUCCUUUGUCGUAGCUGCCUUUUUUCUCUGCUGGUUCCCAUAUCAGGUGGUGGCCUUCAUAGCCACAGUCAGACUCCAUAACAUAUUACAAGGCCUGUCCAAAGAACUUAGAAUUGCAGUGGAUGUGACAAGUGCCCUGGCCUUCUUCAACAGCUGCCUCAACCCGAUGCUCUAUGUCUUCAUGGGCCAGGACUUCCGGGAGAGGCUGAUCCACUCCCUGCCCGCCAGUCUGGAGAGGGCCCUAACCGAGGACUCAGCCCAAACCAGUGACACAGCUACCGAUUCUACUUUACCUUCUGCAGAGGUGCAGUUACAGGCGAAGUGAGGAGGGAGCUGGGGACACUUUCGAGCUCCCAGCUCCAGCUUUGUCUCACCUUGGGUUAGGCUGAGCCACAGGCAUUUCCUGCUUAUUUUAGGGUUACCCACUCAUCAGAAAAAAAAGCCUUUAUGUCCCCUGAUUUCGGGAGAAUAAACAGAUAUGCGUUUA